AUGGAACGACGACACUCGAAAGCGCGCAUGGACGCGCUGUUCAAUGAGAGUUAUGUGAAUGAAGAACACAUGCAAGCCUAUGCUGAGGUAUUGCGGCAAGAAGAAGCUGCAUCGCAUGGAAUUGGGCGUCUAGAUUCAGUGCGUCCCGUCUCAGCGGCCUCCGACUUUGCCCCCAUCUGUGAGCCUGUGAAGAAAGGCCAAGACGAAAGGGAUAUGGGCACGCGUAUUCAUAUGGAUCGCUCCAUUCCUGAAGGCAUCAUGUACUCGAUUAUGCGCUGGCCCCUUCUUGGUAUUAUCUUCCUCUUUAUCUUUACCGAGUUUGCCCUCUAUGUCACUGUACGUCAAGUGGUCAAUAUCAUGGAGAAGUUCAGCUCAUGGAACGGCAAGAAUGGCAAGCUACGUCAAAGUCUACGUGAUGCGCAGACGUACCCAGAAUGGAAGCGCACAGCGUUGGAGUUCGACCGGUUUCGCAAGUACGAUGAGUGGAAAGCCAACGAUGCGAGUCCCUUUUACGAUUGGCGCUUGGUCCAGCGCGUGAUUGCUGCGAUGAAAGUCACGCGGCAGAAGGAAGAUGCACAUGCGUUGAUGGGCGUACUGCACCUAUGCUUGAAGCAUGGAUUUGCCGGCAUUGAAAACCUCGCGUUGUACAGCCAAUCCUUCUACGGAACGAAGCACUUGAUUGAGCAAUACUACUAUGAAGUGGACAAGGCAUUGCAAUUCUUCGAAAAGUCGACCGACAUUGAGCCGCGUGUGAAACGCGCUUUCUACAAUUCGACGUCGAAAAACUUGGGCCGCACAGCACUAUGUUUGAGCGGCGGCGCGAGUUUCGCGUAUUACCACAUUGGCGUUGUGCGUGCGUUGUUGGACGGCAAUCUGCUUCCGAAUAUUAUCAGUGGCACGUCGGCAGGUGGCUUGAUUGCAGCCUUGAUAUGCACACGGACGAAUGAAGAGCUGAAGGACAUUCUUGUGCCAGAGCUGGCCCAUAAAAUCACCGGCUGCGAUGACCCCUUACACGUAUGGAUCGUACGUGCGUGGAAGACGGGGGCCCGAUUCGAUGCAGUCACUUGGGCACGUAAAGUGCAGUUCUUUACGCAUGGCUCUCUUACCUUCCGGGAGGCCUUUGAGCGCACCGGCAAGACGCUGAACAUCAGUGUCGUGCCGUUUGAUCAGCACUCGCCUGCCCAGCUGCUCAACCACGUUACAGCGCCAGACUGUCUUAUUUGGAGUGCUGUGCUGGCUUCGGCCGCUGUUCCCGGUAUCUUGAACCCUGUCUUCUUGAUGCAGAAGCAGGCUGAUGGCACACUCAAGCCGUGGAGCUACGGCAACAAGUUCCGCGACGGCAGCCUGCGUGUGGACAUUCCGUUGGAAAAGCUUCAUUCGCUGUUCAACGUGACGUACCCGAUUGUGUCGCAGGUCAAUCCACAUGUCCACUUGUUCCACUACGGCUCGCGCGGGGCACCGGGGCGCCCGACAGCGUACCGCCGUGGCCGCGGAUGGCGUGGUGGAUUCCUGCUCUCUGCCGCAGAGCACAUUCUGAAGCUCAAUCUGAUUACCAAUUUUAAGAUUAUGCGUGAUCUGAAUCUCAUGCCGAAACUCUUGGGCCAGGAUUGGUCGUCGGUGUUCUUGCAGGACUUUGCCGGGUCGAUCACCAUCUACCCCAAGACGCGCAUCAUGGACUGGCCGCAUAUCCUUACGGAUCCGGACCCUAGUGAUCUGGCACGCAUGAUGCGAUCGGGCCAGUAUGUGACCUUCCCGAAGCUGCACAUGAUCAGCAAUCGCGUACGUAUUGAGCGCGCCAUUGCGCGCGGCCGCAGCAUGCUGCGUGCGAUGGACAACACGUCGGACAAGGAAGAUGAGAGUGAUACGGAAGUGCUCGAUGCCUCGCUGGAUGCAUCGGAAAUGAUCAUGAACGCGGGCGGCAAUGGCACCCCGAAACCUGCGACCAAUGCCUGGGAAGCGGAGCAGGAAGAUGUGAUGCAGCGUACAGAAAAUGGCCUGCUAAAGAUGUACUCACCGAACCUGUACCGCUUCCUGGACGAGUAUGAAAUGAGCAAUGCGCCAUCGCCGGCCGAGUCGGAUGGCGAGGGCGAGGCUGGCACACAGGGGAACGGUUCGUCUGUCGGUGCACGUCGCCGACGUCGUCCACCGCUGUUGGACGUACGUCGGAUCGAGGAUCCGGCUCAUCGCCAUCAGGCUCGACGGGCGCUGAUGGAAAUGCGGCGAUCGCACAGUGAAUCGUGGAUCGUUCCCACGCUGUGCAUGCCUGAUGCGGACGACGAACCGUCCCAUAGUCCGUACUAG